AUGCUGUCGUUACUGAGUCUGUGUGCUGUGCAGGUUACCCGACACCAGAAACUGGCAUGUCGGGUUCUGGCCUCCCUGCCUCGGGAGCUGUACCCGGCCUUGUUCCAGGCCGCUUUCAUGUACGGCAGAACGCUGGUGCUGCAGGCGCUGGUGCAGACCUGGCCCUUCCAGCGCCUCAGCUUCCGGCAGCUGCUGCCCCAUCCCAAACAGCUCGGCUGGCCCGAGCGGCCCCGCAAGGAGAGCGUGCAAGCCGUGAUCCUGGCGCUGCUCGCCGCGCCGCGCAGCAGGGAGUCUAGCAGCAGGAAGCCUCAGCUUCGAGUGUUGGACAUGACUGGCUUCCGGGAUGCCAGCUGCGGGCAGGACCCCACGACUAUGAGCAUGUGGGCUCGCUCAGUGGCAGUGGCGAGGACCUGUGUUAGCGCCCAGACCCAGGCCAGAGCAGCUCAACGCUUGGGCAAGCGCCAAAAGCUGGAUCCUCAGGUCCCUGCCGCUAGUCCUGUGGAAGUGCACACUGACCUGCUGGUGAACCGAACUUCUUACAGCGUCCUGAAAGAGGCUCUCCAGAACAGCACUUGCGGCCCCCUUCGCCUUCGCUGCAGGGACCUUUGGGCUGAGGAACUGUCGGGUGCUAGCACUGUAGCUCUCUUGGAGCUGCUGGACCCAGCGUGUCUGCGCCAGGUGGACCUUCGCUUCAACAACCUGGGACUCUCAGGCCUGUGCACUGUCGUACCCCACAUGGCCAAGUUCACCCACCUGUUGAGCCUGAAGCUACAAUACAGCAAUGUGGAUGUGCGGAGGCUCACAGCUGAGGCAGAAGGCAACUUCCAACUCUUUGUUUCUGCCAUUGGCCAGCUGAAGAGCCUCAAGGAACUCAACAUGGGUUCCUCUCGACUCUCAGGCCGCCUUCAUCAGCUCCUUAGCAGUCUACAGGGUCCUCUGGAAAGCCUGGAACUUCCCUUUUGUGCCCUUCUCUCUGGGGACUUGAGUUACUUGGCCCAGAGCCCCCAUGCCACCCAUCUCAAGAAGCUGGACCUCAGUGGCAACAAACUAUCUGGUGACCUCCUGGCGCCUUUUCAGAGACUACUGAGGAAAGCCUCAGCCUCCCUGCGUUGUCUGGAUGUUACAGAGUGCCAGCUCAUGGAUGUCAACCUUGUUAGUACCUUGCCUAACCUAUGCUGCUGUACCCAUCUCCGCUACCUUAGUCUCUAUGGUAACCCUCUUGCUAGCGCUGGAGUGAAGAACUUGAUGGAACACUCACUGACAUUGCCUGAGCUCCAGCUGGUUGUUCACCCAGUCCCUGUGGAUUGCUACAGGGACCUGCCAUGGCCACCCUCUUCAGCCCAUCUCCUAGAGAGUACUGUGGAUGAAGAGAGGCUUGCCAGUGUGCAAGCCGAGCUGCAGCAGUUGCUACAGGCCAGACAGUGCCACAAUGUGCUAUGGACCAUGGAUGUCUACGGCCACAACAGUUUUGACUACUUCAGCCUGUAGUAUCUGUAUAUUUAUAUUUAUGGAGUACAAGGGUGGGGAGGGGAAGUGCGAAGAGAGGCAGUAUUCCUCUGCUUUGCUACUGAUGCAGUAUCAUUCCAAGGAGUGCCUCCUUCUCUGAGCUUUGGCAGAACCAGAAUAGGCCAUACUCAGUAUAUGCUCCUGGAUGGGUUGUGUAACGGGGUUAUAGACUUUCUAUGCCUUGUCCAUGCCGGACAUAAUGGCAGAGUUGUUCUAGGGCCAGAAAUUCUGGCUUUCCUGGGGGUAUUUAUUUGUAUGUAAUAAACUCCAGGA